AUGGCUAUUACAGACUCUGCUGCCGACGACACCUUGGACGAGCUCCUUAGGAACAAGGCUCGUAUUAUUGAGCUCCCGGAUGACAACAACGAGGAUGAAGUGACUGGUGUACCCUUUCCCGGCAACCAUCUUCGGAAGAAUGGCAUCCACCACUUGCCACAAUGGCUACAACAAACCACGAUCGGCCUCUUCCACGACGACUACAACACAGUAUCCUCAGAAGCGCUAGAUAAAACUGCUGCUGAAUGUUUACCUCAUCUAACCGGCCAAGACAAUCAGGGGAUCCCACUCAACCGUCAUGGUCUUCCACAUCUGCAACGUAAACAGCAUGCCAGCUUCCUCCACACGCCGCUGAAAGGUCUACCUGCUCCGUAUGCAGCAAUGGAUGCUAGCAGACCCUGGCUUUUUUAUUGGUGUACAGCUGGCUUGAGCUUCCUGCGCGAGGACGUCAGUAUGUAUCGUGAACGACUUAUGGAGACUGUUCGACCACUGCAGAAUAAGAUUGGCGGCUUCGGUGGCGGUCAUGGCCAACUGAGUCAUUGCGCUUGCACUUACGCCACUUUACUUGCACUUGCUACUGUAGGUGGGCUGGAUGUGAUCGAUCGCGAAGCUAUGUGGCAUUGGCUAGGAACGGUGAAGCAAGCAGAUGGUGGCUUUCGUAUGGCUAUUGGUGCAGAAGAGGAUAUAAGAGGUGCUUACUGCGCCAUGACUGCUAUCACGCUUCUCAAUCUGCCACUUGAGCUUCCACCAGAUUCACCAACUCGCGAGGCGGGCUUGACACACUUCACGGACAGGCUUGGGGAGUGGAUUAGCACUUGCCAAUCGUACGAGGGAGGUAUCUCGUCCGCACCGAAUCAUGAGGUGCACGGUGCUUAUGCUUUCUGUGCGCUGGCUUGUCUAUGUAUCUUGGGUCCGCCACAUAUCACCAUACCGAAGUAUCUUGAUGUGGAUCGCCUGAUACGUUGUCUUACGACACUACAGACAAACCCAGAAGGCGGCUUUGCUGGACGAACAAACAAGCUUGUGGACGCCUGCUAUAGUCACUGGGUGGGUGGGUGUUGGGCACUCCUCGAGGCAGCAGUAGUAGGCCCGCAUGAAGCUAAGCAGAAUGGUUCGGUCUCAUCUGCGGAAAGCAGACUCUGGAAUAGAGAAGCUCUCGUUCGCUAUCUCCUCACUUGCUGUCAGCAGCCUGGACCCAAAGGCGGCAUGCGCGACAAGCCGUCUGCUAGGCCCGAUGGCUAUCAUACAUGCUACUCGCUCUCCGGGCUAUCAGCGGCGCAGAAUCAGUAUACUUACAAUACUACUGCUUCGACCACAGACAGAGAAACUGGUCGACUUCUGUCAGCUUUCAAUUGGAAAGGCGAGCGGGCAAGUGAGGGCGAUAUGAAAGGACUUAGCGUGGAGCGAAACGAUGUCGUGGAGCUCGUUCAUCCUGUCUUUGUGAUCAGGUUCGAGGCUGUGGAAGAGGCCAGAAGGAAGUUCGCAAGAGGUGGAUUUCCUGUUGUGGAAGGCACAGACUAG